AUGGCCAGUCCACCACCAAAGGAGACGGGCUUCUUCACGAAGCUGAAGACCACCGGUCUCGAGAUUAGAGACAAGAUCCACGAUGUCAACAGCGAUGUCAAGGACAAAAUCCACCACGAGACUCUCCACGACGUCAAGGUCCAGCUCAUACACAAGAAACAUCAAAUCGGAAAAUUUGGCAACUUGUUCAACAAGAACCAUCGCCACGACGAAGAACACGAGCAGGCCUGCGACGAGAAGCGCACGAAAAUCUCAGAGUCCCACCGCUUCGCUUCCUACUUCCCCGAGCGCGAGGGCAACAUCGCCAAGUGGUACGUGGAUGGCCGCGACUACUUUUGGGCCGUGUCCGAGGCCCUCGAAGCCGCCCGCGAGACCAUAUACAUUGAAGAUUGGUGGCUGAGCCCCGAGCUCUUCCUCCGCCGGCCCCCGCACUCGAACCAAAAAUGGAGGCUCGACAACAUCCUCAAGAGAAAGGCGGAGCAAGGCGUCAAAAUUUACGUCAUCGUGUAUCGCGAGGUCGAGGCGGCCCUCACGUGUAACUCGCGGCACACCAAGAACGCCCUCGCGGCUCUGUGUCCCAAGGGGAACCCCGGCUACGGCAACAUCCGCGUGAUGCGCCACCCGGACCACAACGUGUUCGAGAACGUGGCCGACAUGACGUUUUACUGGGCCCACCACGAAAAGUUCAUCAUCGUCGAUUACGAGCUCGCCUUCAUUGGUGGCCUCGACCUUUGCUUCGGCCGCUGGGAUCUCCAGCAGCACCCGCUUGCCGAUUUACACCCGGACGGAAUCACGCACGCCAUCUGGCCCGGACAGGACUUCAACAACAACCGCGUAAUGGACUUUAAGAACGUCCAGGACUGGAAGCAGAACGAACUGAGCAAGGCCGAUCACGGUCGAAUGCCCUGGCAUGAUGUGUCCAUGGGUAUCGUCGGCCCUUGCGUGUACGACAUCGCCGAGCACUUUAUCCUUCGCUGGAACUUUGUCAAGCGGGACAAGUACAAGCGCGACAGCCGGUACGACUGGCUCGAGCUGCGAGGCCGUCAGGGCGAAGACGAGGAUCUCGUCGGUGUUCAGAGACCGAAGCAUCCCGUUGGAGAAUACAUCUUGCAUCCCCUGACACCGCUCGAAGGCAAGGCGCUCGAGAACCGCGGAACCGUCCAUGCGCAAAUCGUUCGAUCGAGCGCGGAUUGGUCGAGCGGAAUCUUGACAGAGCACUCAAUCCAGAACGCGUACUCGGAAAUUAUCCGCAAGGCUGAGCACUACGUCUACAUCGAGAAUCAGUUCUUCAUCACGGCCACGGGAGAUAAGCAAUCUCCCAUCAAUAACACGAUCGGCGCGGCGAUUGUAGACGCAGUGCUGCGCGCUGACAAGGAAGCCCGAAAAUUCCGAAUCAUCAUCCUGAUCCCCGCCAUCCCUGGCUUUGCCGGCGACUUGCGCGAGGAUGCGGCCAUGGGCACCCGUGCCAUCAUGGACUACCAGUACAAGUCCAUCUGCCGUGGCGAAGAAUCCAUCUAUGGCAAGAUCAAGGCAGCAGGCGUUGACCCUGAAAAGUACAUCUUCUUCUUCAAUUUGCGGUCGUACGAUCGUAUCGCCAGAACCGCGGCCAUUGUGGAUACGGAGAAGGAGACAGGCAUCAAGUACCAAGAGGUGCAGCGCGGUGAAGCCGAGGAGCUCAUGGGCGGAGCCAUCCACCAGCGUGACGAUGACAUGUCAGACCGGAGCCGGGAGUCCUCGCCGACGAGGCGUAGCCGCAAGAAGAUAGCGCACAACGAAGCCGAGAUCGAGACGGAAGGAAAGGCGGCGCAGGAAGCUAGAGAUAGGUUCGAGGAAGUGCUCGCCAAACACCAACCCAACAACACGGGCAAGAUUGAAGCUUCGGUGGCGCAUCACGCGAUGGCGGGCACGGGCAACGGCGAAGCACUCAUCAACGAGCCGUGGGAUGAGGGCAAGGAGGGAGAUGAAGUAAACAACUGGAUCCAGGAGGAGCUGUAUAUCCACUCGAAGCUACUCAUCGCCGACGACCGGGUGGUGAUCUGCGGUUCCAGCAACUUGAAUGACCGAAGCCAACUGGGCUUGCACGACAGCGAGCUGAGCAUCGUCAUGGAGGACACGAAUCUCAUUGAGAGCACAAUGGACGGAAAGCCGUUCCGUGCCGGCCAACACGCCGCCACGCUGCGACGCUACCUUUGGCGCGAGCAUCUCGGCCUGCUGCCGCCACAGGAGCUCGAUGCCUCCAACGACGUGAAUGCCAUGCCCCCGGCGACCGCUGGCCGAACGAUCCUUGUGAAAACGAUGGUGGUUACGAAUUUGCACCUGUUCCACGCUGACCCAGAUGAUAAUGUGAGGAAAUUUGAUGAUUAUGACAGGUAUAUGGCACCUCGUGGUGUUAAGCCCGGCCACAUCUUUGACCAGUUCAUCCCUGUCCAAGACAUUCGCGAGAAGCUGUCCAAGGUCCGCGGUCAUCUUGUUUGGAUGCCGCUCAAGUUCCUGGAGGAGGCUGAAAUGGCAGAGAAGGGCUUACAGGUCAAUCAGUUUACCGAGAGCGUGUACACUUAA